AUGGCCCUGCAGUGGUCUGCCGCUGGGACCCCAACGCUACGGGAAUACCAAAUCACUCCCGCAGCGACGCGAGGAUUCUGCACCCGGUGCAGUUCAUGGUUGUACUACCGCAGCGAGGGGGCGGAUUGGGCCAGCCUAUGCAUUGGCACGGUCGACGAGGAGGUUCUUGUUGGAAAGAAGGGCGAAGGGAACGGGUUCGGGAGAGCGUUGGUCAAUGGGCUGGGUGGACAUGAGUGGUGCGAGAACGAGAUUCCCGGCGUGACGGACGAUGUCCCACUAUUGAGAAGGGGGGAGAGGAACCAGGGGAAUCGGGAGGAUAGUGUUGUUGUCAAAGCCAAGCUGUGA